AUGCCUUUAUUUCACCCGGCCGGCUCUCGCCUCUCGAGUCUCCACCUGCACCAGUCUAGGUUUUCCUUCUCGUCCUCCGCUGCCCUCUCGACUUCGCUCGCUCUGCAAUUUUUUUGGAUGGUGGGAGAUUCUCUGAAGCCAUUCCCCUUCUCUCCAUCGAAGAAGAGGGACUCAGGCGCCGUAUCGAUCAUUGCUUUCGUCUUUGCCGCCGCCUCCGCUUCUCCUUUCUCCUACUGCAUGCAGGGCUGGCACUAUCGCUGCCUUGGCCUUGACCCUUAGGUUCGCCUUCUGAAUCUCUUCGCAUACCUGCUGUUUUUCUUUUUCUAGCAACCGCAGAACGCGCGAGCGCGAUGGCGUUGCCCUGGAAGGGAAUCGAGAAGGAUGAUAAGCAGGGGAAGAAAAAUAAUGGAAAGAAGGGAGAGACCAAUCGGAUCCUUAUUACGGUAACUGUGAUCGGUAGCGCUGGUCCGAUCCGCUUUGUGGUGAGGGAGGAGGAACUCGUCUCUUCCGUUAUGGGUACCGCGCUCAAGACUUAUGCGCGUGAGGGCCGCCGCCCCAUUCUCGGUUCAGAUCUUGAUUACUUUGUACUUUACCACGCCUACGACGGAUCAUGCCCUCUGAGCCCUUGGGAUCCGAUCGGCUCCUUUGGGAGUAGGAAUUUCUUGCUGUGCAAAAAACAGAUGUUGGACGGUCAGAGAUCUGCGACUCCUGCGAAGGAGAUUGGAAAGAAAGGCACGGGUGGAUGGAAGGCCUGGUUCAAUAAGUCUCUCGGUUUGAUCUCUUCUGCAUGAGCAAUUCCUUAUCUGAAGAUCAGUUACCCGGGCCUGAUUGAUUCCGCUUUUGUCUUCUAAAGUGGCAGCCCAGCAGUCAGUUUACUUUUCUUUACGAUUUUGUGGAUGUCAAUUGCAAAGACUGCGCCUUUAUGCUUUCCUUUAACUUUAGCUGAUAGUUUUCAAUUGCUUUUUUAAUAAUAUUGAUGGCCAUUAAGACGUUAUCGGCUAUUAUUUGUCAGUUUCAAAACUGUGAAAACUUUGAUAUCUGUUUGAAUUAUAUUUGUUUUACAGAAUUGUGCGGUUUUUGUUGCAAUC